AUGGGCGUGGUGAGCACCUUUGAGUGCUUGUCUAGUGUGUGGAGCCACAGGCACACCAAGGAGAAGAAGAAGAAGAGGCUGUUGCAGACUGUGGAGCUCAAGGUCAGAAUGGACUGCGAUGGCUGCGAGCUCAAAGUCAAGAAGGCCCUCUCCUCCAUGAAGGGUACUUCUCCUCUCUCUCUCUCUCCCACUCUCUCUCUCUCUCUCUCUAAAUUUUUAAGUGAUGGCGACGUGCUGGUUCAGGGGUGCAGACGGUGGAGAUAAACAGGAAGCAGCAGAAGGUGACGGUGACGGGCUUCGUGGAGGGCAGCAAGGUGCUGAAGAAGGCGAAGUCCACCGGGAACAAGGCGGAGAUUUGGCCAUACAUCCCCUUCAACCUGGUGGCCCAUCCCUACGCCGCCCUCUCCUACGACAAGAAGGCGCCUCCCGGCUUCGUCCGCUACGUCGAGCCCCUGGCGGCGCCGCCAGCCUACGGCGGGGGGAAGCACGAGGACCAGCUCGCCGCCCUCUUCAGCGACGACAACCCCAACGCCUGCUCUGUCAUGUAG